AUGGAAUCUUCCAUGGGCCAACACGGGGCCUUCCAGCCCGCACCCACGGCACAAUCCCAAAACAAACCGGGGUUGGAGUCUAUAAUGACAAAACCCAGUGAAUCAACAAAGCUAGAGGGCUCGGGCGGUUUUUAUGAGUAUACUGGCUCUGGAAAAUUGAAGGACAAGAAGGCUCUCAUCACCGGUGGAGACUCCGGAAUUGGGCGAUCUGUGGCGAUCCUAAUGGCCAGAGAGGGUGCGGAUAUCACUAUCGUUUAUUUGCCAUCAGAGCAGCCAGAUGCAGAGGCGACUAAGGCUUCGGUGGAGGGAGAAAAUAGGACAUGCCUUCUCGUCCCGGGUGAUUUACGGGAUCGCAACCUAUGUCGCCACGCGGUGGAAGAACAUGUAAAGAAACACGGCACACUCAAUAUACUUGUGAAUAAUGCAUCAAAGCAGUACAUGUGUAAGGUUUUUGAAGACAUCGAUCUGGAUAAGACCGAAGACAUAUUCAGGACCAACAUCGUUCAAAUGAUCGCGAUGGCGAAGUUUGCGCUUCCUCAUAUGAAUCGUGGUGAUUCCAUAAUAAACACGUCUUCUAUCGUGGCUCUACGUGGUUCCGGUACCAUGAUCGAUUAUGCUGCGACCAAAGGAGCCAUUAUAAGCUUUACUAGAGCUUUAGCAACCUACCUGAUCCCCAAGGGCAUCCGAGUGAAUGCAGUGGCACCAGGGGCAAUAUACACCCCGAUUCAAGUCGACACUCGAGAUGCCCAACAAAUGGAAGGUUGGGGCCAUAAAGUUGGUCUAGGUCGACCGGGCGAGCCGAGUGAGGUUGCAACAAGCUUCAUUUUCUUGGCUAGUGCAGAUGCUUCUCUGUACUGUGAGUGGUCAAAAUCCCAGGAUGGCGACCAUGCCCCAAUUUUUUUCUUCUUUUCGUUUUCUGACUCAAUUUCUCCAUCUAGACGGGCAAAUACUGUGUUGCUAUCCCCUUGGCGACUAAAAUUUCUUUUUGUCUGA